AGCGCGAGCCCGGGCGGCGGCGGGCGCAGUCCCUCGGGAGAGCCGGACGGAGCGCGACGGGCGGGCGGGCGAGCUGUCACGCUGGGGAGGAAGGACCCCGGGGGGGCCCAUGGAGAAGGAGAGCCGCUCCUCGCUGGCCAUGGGGCUGCUGAAAACCUUCGACUCGAGCGAGUUCGUGAGCUGGGAGAAGAUCGGCUCCGGCGGGUUCGGGCAGGUUUACAAAGUCCGCCACAUCCACUGGAAAACAUGGCUCGCCAUCAAGUGCUCGCCCAGCUUGCAUGUGGACGAGAAGGAGCGUAUGGAAUUAGUGGAAGAAGCUAAGAAAAUGGAAAUGGCAAAAUUCCGCUACAUUCUCCCAGUGUAUGGCAUCUGUCAGGAGCCUGUGGGUUUGGUCAUGGAAUACAUGGAGACAGGAUCACUGGAAAAACUCUUGGCCUCAGAACCACUGCCCUGGGAGCUACGCUUCCGGAUCAUCCACGAGACAGCUGUGGGCAUGAACUUCCUGCAUUGCAUGUCCCCACCUCUACUCCAUCUGGACCUCAAGCCGGCAAACAUACUGCUGGAUGCCCAUUACCACGUCAAGAUUUCAGAUUUUGGAUUAGCCAAAUGCAAUGGUCUUUCGCAUUCUCAUGAUCUGAGCAUGGAUGGGCUUUGUGGCACCAUUGCCUACCUCCCGCCGGAACGCAUUAAAGAAAAGAAUCGAUAUUUUGAUACCAAGCAUGAUGUCUACAGCUUUUCCAUUGUUAUCUGGGGAGUUCUCACCCAAAAAAAGCCCUUUUCAGAAGAAAAUAACAUUCUACAUAUCAUGAUGAAAGUCGUUAAUGGCCACCGUCCGCAAAUACCGCCUAUUUCCAAAUCCAGACCUCGUGCAUGUAAUAACUUGAUCAAACUGAUGCAAAAGUGCUGGCAAGAUGACCCUAGUAAAAGGCCAACAUUUCAAGAAAUUACCUCGGAAACAGAAGACCUCUGUGAAAAACCGGAAAAUGAAAAUAAGGAAGCAAUAGUCCAGGAAGACAUUAAGACUACUCAGCCUUACCCAAAGGCAAUGCCUGGCCUAUCCCAACUGAAGCAAGAGACUGAUCCCACAUCGGCUGAGGAUUGCAGCCUCUCUGAGUUGCUGUCCCAGCUAGACUCGGGCAUUUCACAGACAGAACAGCCCGAAGAGCUCACCCGUAGCGCCUCUGAGUCAAGGCUCGCUUCCAGUGACAAAAGGCUUUCAGGAGUGUCCUCUGUAGAUUCUGCCUUUUCUUCACGAGGUUCUCUGUCACUGUCAUUUGAGAGAGAGAAUUCUGGAAUUGAUAUUGGUUCAACAGAUAUUCAGAAAAGAAAGCUAGCAGAGGCAAUCGUAUCAGGAGACACUGGAAAGUUGAUGAAGAUCCUUCAGCCUCAGGAUGUCGAUCUCAUUUUAGAUGGGAAUUAUAGCCUUCUUCACUUGGCUGUUGAAUCAGGCCAGGAAGAAUGUGUAAAAUGGCUCCUUUUGUAUAAUGCCAACCCCAAUCUGACCAACAAGAGAGGCUCUACACCUCUGCACCUGGCUAUAGAGAAAAAGAACAAAGGUAUUGUUGAGCUUCUCUUGGCCAGGAAAAUCAAUGUGAAUGCUAAAGAUGAGGACCAGUGGACAGCCCUCCACUUUGCUGCUCAUAAUGGGGAUGAGCUGAGCAUGAGAAUGCUGCUGGAGAAGAAUGCCAUGCUGAAUGAAGUAGACUUUGAAGGGAGAGCUCCCAUCCAUGUUGCCUGCCAGCAUGGCCAAGAGAACAUUGUACGCAUUUUCCUGAGACGAGGGGUUGAUGCAGACAUCAAAGCAAAGGACAACUGGGUGCCUUUGCAUUACGCAGCCUGGCAAGGUCACUUACCUAUUGUUAAGCUUCUGGCUAAGCAGCCAGGAGUCAAUGUGAAUGCUCAGACAGUGGAUGGAAGAACCCCUCUGCAUCUGGCUGCCCAACGAGGGCAUUACCGAGUCGCUCGUAUACUUGUGGAACUGCAGUCAGACAUCAAUGUCAGAAAUGUGUUUCUUCACACUGCUCUCCACGUAGCUGCUGAAACAGGCCAUACCAGCACUUCAAGGUUGCUGCUCAACCGUGGUGCGGAUAUUGAAGCAGUAACAGUGGAAGGCUGCACUGCACUCCACCUAGCAGCUCGCAAUGGGCACUUACCAACCACCAAGCUGUUGACUGAGGAGGGUGCGGACGUCUGGGCUCGGGGCCCUUUAAACAGGCUGGCACUACACCUUGCUGCUGAAAAUGGACAUGAUGAGAUUGUAGAGGAACUUGUGAAUCCAGAAAAUGUCAAUGAUUCCGAUGAGGAAGGGUUGACUUCUCUACAUCUGGCAGCAAAAGGUGGACACAUGAGCACAGCUAAGCUUCUGUUAAAGCGCGGGGCCCUUCCUAAUGUGCAAAACCUUGCAUGUCAGACCCCAUUGCAACUGGCUGCACAAAAUGGGAGUACUGCUCUUGUGAUGCUAUUUAGUGAGACACAAGGCACCUGCUGAUGUUUCCAGUCUUCCUCGUGAGACGGUGGGAGCUUAAGCAGGAGUUUCCAUCCUCUGACUGUUACUUUGGCAAGCGUGUCUGCUUGUCUUGCAGGCAAGCCCAAAUUCCCUCCUAGCAAAACAUAUUGGUUGAUGUAACAAUCCAGUGGGAAUGACUGUGGGAGCGGAAAAUGCAGUCUGGCACCGUACCUGUAAGAUGGUGUUGAGCAAGCCAUAAGUAAAAGAAAUGUUCUUUCCCUGAUGCUUCAGCAACAGUGGAGUUGACUUGCCCUUAUAAAGGUGAUAAGAGUAACACCUUUCCAAAAGAUAAGGUAGUUUUAACUGAAGACUUGUCUCUUUCAAAGGAAUCAAAAGUUAUAUUAUUUCAGUUUUUUCUUACAUUCAGACAAAUGAUGGGAGAGACAUGGUAGAAUGUUACAGAAGAAUAUUUAUGAAAUUGAUUUUUCUUUGCCUGUAUCCUCAGUGCAGUAGCAAAUGCAGACAUUAGCACUGUUGUGAGAAAAAUGCUGGAAGGAUACUUGUCCUUAAGCCACACGGAUAACAAUCAAAAUGUCGGUUUCAUAAUAGGCAAGAGACUGUUGAAAAUGAAUGCGAGAAACACCCAUUUCAAAGCUGCACAUUUCUGGGUUUUCUGAUGGUCAGUUUUUCCAUGAUCAUCAUCAUCAAAGCUACUGCUUGCAAUGAAAAGUGUGAGCAACCCUAUGUUAAUUGAAGGGCGUAUUGCAUAGAAAUUCGUUUCUUACAUACAAUACCAGCUUAUGUAUAUAUACAGUGUAUAUGCAUGGUCUUAUAACUCAUAGUGUAUGAAUGUGAAUGAACGCAGCAAACCAAGAGAAUGCACACACAUUUAUAAUGAAGCUCAAAAAAUUCAUGACAACAAGAUUAGAUAAAAAUCUAUUUGUUUGUAUGUUCUGAAGAGCAAUUUUUAAAUGGUAUAAAUUGCUGAACCACAUGUACAGUACUGUAUUGUCUCUGAAAUUUUUUUGCUGUGUUUGAUAAUCUAAUAUAAGGAUAUACUGUGUAUAUAGUAUUUCAGUCCAUUGUAUGUCUUUUUUUCUACUGUAGAAAACUGAGACUCAACAUCUGGGUAUGUUUUAAUACACCUUUUAUAACGUGCAUUUGUUUUUCAAACAUGACCUGCUAUCAAUAAAAUACUUCUGU